AUGGAAGGAGCAAAUCUCUCCGUGGUGUCAGAGUUUGUGUUCCUGGGACUCACCGCCUCCUGGCAGACCCAGCUACUGCUCUUUGUGUUCUCCUCCAUGUUUUAUGUGGCAAGCAUGAUGGGAAACUCCCUCAUUGUGUUCACAGUGGCUUCUGACCCUCACCUACACUCUCCCAUGUACUUUCUGUUGGCCAACCUGUCCUUCGUUGACUUAGGUGUUUCUUCUGUUACAUCUCCAAAGAUGAUAUAUGACCUGUUCAGAAAGUACAAAGUCAUCUCCUUUAAAGGUUGCAUAACUCAAAUCUUCUUCAUUCAUGUUAUUGGUGGUGUGGAGAUGGUGCUGCUCAUAGCCAUGGCCUUUGACAGAUAUGUGGCCAUAUGUAAGCCUCUGCACUACCUAACUAUUAUGAAUCCAGGAAUGUGCAUCUCCUUCUUAGUGGCUGCCUGGGUGGUUGGCCUUACGCAUUCUCUAGUUCAACUAGUUUUUGUAUUAAACUUAGCUUUCUGUGGACCAAAUGUGUUAGACAGCUUCUACUGUGACUUUCCCAGGUUUAUCAAACUUGCUUGCACAGACACAUACCCAAUGGAAUUACUGGUCUCAAUCAAUAGCGGGUUCAUGUCCGUGGCCUCCUUCCUCAUACUCAUCUUUUCCUAUAUAGUCAUCAUAUUCACUGUGCAGAAACACUCUCCAAGUGGCUCCUCCAAAGCUCUGUCCACACUUUCAUCUCAUGUUACAGUGGUGUCCUUAUUCUUUGGUCCUGUGAUAUUUUUCUAUACAUGGCCUUCAUCCUACACAGACCUGGAUAAAUUCCUGGCCAUAUUUGAUGCAAUUGUCACCCCUUUUCUGAACCCUGUGAUUUACACAUUCAGGAAUCAGGAAAUGAAGAUGGCAAUGAAGAGAUUAUUCAGACAGUUAAUGGUUAAUGAUCGAAUCUCUUGAGCAGAAGCAUUGUGAACAG